ACACCCCCUAACACAAAUAAUUAGAUCUUCUGUAUACAGCCGUCAAAAACCUCAAGCAGAAACCUCCUAUUAUUGCCUGCCGAUCGUAAAUUCACUCAUUCACAUAUUCCGACACACUCAAAAACACGCUGAGUGUGUGAAAUUCUGCAUAAUUACAGUAAUGGACAAGGGAAAAGCUAUAAUGGGCUCGGGCCGCAGAUGGGCUGUGGAAUUUACAGACAAUUCCACCUCCAAUUCUGCUCGCGACAUCCCGGAUCCCCCUGGCUUCACCCGUGCUUCUCACGACCCGGAUGAUUCGGCUGUGAGUAAACAGAAGAAGGAUGCUGAAGCAAAUUGGAAAGCCCAGAAAGCAUGGGAUGUUGCACAAUCCCCUUUUAAGAACUUGUGUAUGAUGGGCUUCAUGAUGUGGAUGUCUGGAAGCACAGUUCAUCUCUUUAGCAUUGGUAUCACAUUUUCAGCUCUUUGGCAACCCGUAAAUGCUCUUCGAGGGGUUGACAAAGUUUUUGAGCCUUAUAAGGACAAUAGAGUGGAUCUCCUAGCGCCUAAAUUAGUAUUUACUGCCCUUAAUUUGGUUGGUUUAGGAAUGGGCAUCUGGAAGCUUAAUACGUUGGGUCUUCUUCCAACACAUGUAUCGGAUUGGGUUUCAUCCAUUGCUCCUGCUCAGGAGGUUGAGUAUUCUGGUGGAGGUAUUCCUCUUCAAUAAGUUCUUUCCAGAGAAUUGAGUUUCGAGCAACCUACUCAGUGAAAUGUGACUUUGAAUUCGGAUAAAUGUUACUAACUUGUUCCUUGUUAUUUUUUUCAUUUAACAAAGUUGCGCAUUUCUUCUGGCCAAUGCUAGAUGCUAUUAAGUGGCCAAAAUGUGUAUGAUCAUGUACGAUUUCCAGUUUUAAAUGAGGGGUACGAAAUUGUAAGUUUAUGAUGAUUGCACGAAUAUUAUGAGUAUGUAGCCUAAUUUAUGGUAGUGAUGGCAA